CAACUGCGCAAAGAGCGGAAAAACACAAACAUGACACCGUGAGUAAAACUCCAGGGUUUCUUAGUUUCUAUUCCCGCAUUGUCAAGUAAAAAAAAGUUAAAUUUAACCAGGCUCACCUCGGAAUCACGGAGAUUCCCCGUCGUCGUGUUUAUGUUUCGCGCUGGUUAACUUGUGUUGUUGUCAGCGAUGUCUGAUGGCUGUGAAUGAUCCGGGAGGUGCUGAUGCUGAUGCGGAAGAGCCGCCCUCUAUGCUGUGGGGUCUGGACCCCGUGUUCUCCGCAUAUUCCAGACUCUACAUUACUGACAUACUACAGAUGAAAGAGUCCAGACAAGUACCUGGAGUUUAUUUCUACAAGAAUCACCCACUCUUCCAGGUGGAUGUACUGGGGACGGUUGUUUACAAGCGGGAGAGAGACGAUUUCUACUGUUAUGGAGUGGAUGAUAGUACUGGUGUCAUAAAUUGUCUUUGUUGGAAAGAUGAGAAAUGGAGGGAUCAAGGAGAACCGACUAAAUGCAGAGAUCCUAGCGGAUCUUCCAGAGGCUUUAACAUUGAAGAUGAACUCAAACGACUGAAGGAGGCUGAAAGGCAGAGCACCGAGCUGGAGAUCGGAGAUCUGCUGAGGAUACGAGGGACUGUCAAAACCUCCAGGGAUGCGAGGGAGAUCAAGGCCACCUGCUUCUAUAAAGUCAGUGACCCUGUGAUGGCAGUGCAGAUCUCACAUAUGCUGGGAAUGCCUCAGCUGUACAGAAAGUGCUAUGAUGAGCCGUUCCAGAUGCCGAGUGAUGACCUGGGCGGCACAGAAGCAGGUGGUUCUACAUUUCCACAAUUUGCUGUCUCGGUCAGUUCUCACCUUAAGGAGUUCCUCUCAGAGAAAGAGGUGGCCAGGUUUCGUCCUUAUGAUGUCGAGUUCCUCUUACAUCCACUGAUCCAAAGUUCUUCAGCAGAACAGGAGUCAGAUCAGCCCAGAACGUCAUUGGCUACGCAAACGAAACUUCUGAAAGAGACCCUGAGCGUCCUCCAGGAUGAGGUGCAAAUAUUUCGCAAAAUACGGACCCAGGAUGAAGUCUACAAUGUAUGUGCACAGUGCAUACACAUACAGACACCUCUUAGCAAGUAUGACAUCAUCAUAGAGAGAGAGAGA